AAAAUAGUCGUUUUACAGCAAAGCCGGGCGAUAGACGAUCAUGAGCACUGUGCGUGGAUAACUUAAAAUAGAUUUGCCGUAUUUUUAACGUGACGUGUGACGUCUUAUCAGGGCAAACGAACUUGGUAGUUUCAGGUUUAGACAUUACAGUUUUUUUCUUUGCCCAAAUUUCUUAUAGUGACAAAAAACAGUGUAAUGUUUAAAACGUUGUUCGACUCUUUGAUAACUCAAGCCAGCUGUCAAGAGGGGGCUGGUUACCUAAAAAGGGCCGACACAGACCGCCUUCAUGAGAUAUUUCUGAAGUUCGCCACAGUAGAGAAGAAUGGAGAACACUUCAUCACCAGUGAAGAUUUUGUCAGGAAGUUCCUUGGGUUGUUUGACGAAAAUGACUUCAAUAAAGAUUCAGUUGAACUCAUCGCCGGAAUCGUGGACAUGGACAAGAACGGGCUCAUAUCGUUCCCGGAAUUCCAGGCCUUCGAGGGGCUCCUCUGCGUGCCCGACGCGCUGUAUAAGACCGCCUUCCAGCUCUUCGAUACUAACGGCAACGGACUUGUCGCUUUUGACGAGUUCGCGGAGGUCAUGCAAAAGACGGUCCUGAACAAGAAGCUACCCUUCAACAUGGAAAGCACCUUCGUCCGUCUCUACUUCGGCAAGGACAAGAAACGGCUGGUCACCUACCCCGAGUUCAGCCAGUUCCUCCACGACUUCCACGAGGAGUACGGAGUGGAGGCUUUCAAGAAGUGCGACAAGGAUGGAAGCGGGUUCAUCAGUGCGGGGGACUUUAAGGAUAUCAUGCUGUCUGUUAAGAGUCAUUUGCUGACAAAGGAGAUCAAAAAUAAAGUUAUUAAUGCGACUGGCUUCCCGCAAGGCUCAAGAAAAAUCAGCUUCCCCUACUACAUGGCAUUCACCUCUCUGCUAAAUAAUAUGGAACUUAUCAAGCGCGUGUAUCUAAAUGCUACCAACGGCCAUCGCUCACAAGAGGUGACCAAGGAAGAGUUCCUACACUCCGCUCAGAUGAUGAGUCAGAUCACGCCGCUAGAGGUCGACAUAUUAUUCUUUUUGUGUGACACCAUCAACAAUACCAAUGGCCGAAUCGUGUACAACGAUCUAAACUUGAUAACCCCCGAGCAAUACUUCAAACAAGUGACCCGACGAGUCGCCGAAAUAAAAGCCGUGUCCAGUCCUGCAGACAGAAGCUUCUUCAUACAAGUGUUGGAACAGACGUACCGUUUCACGCUGGGUUCUAUCGCCGGUGCCGUGGGCGCAUCAGCCGUAUACCCCAUCGACUUAGUAAAAACCCGUAUGCAGAACCAACGUACAGGCUCCUUCAUCGGCGAAGUGGCCUACCGCAACUCCUUUGACUGCUUCAAGAAGGUCAUUCGGCAUGAGGGCUUAUUCGGCCUUUAUAGAGGUCUCGUGCCCCAACUAAUCGGUGUGGCGCCUGAGAAGGCCAUUAAGCUGACGGUAAACGACUUGGUUCGUGAUAAGCUAAUGGACAAGAAUGGAAAUCUUAGCCUUUACGCUGAAAUCUUUGCUGGUGCUUGCGCUGGCGGUUCCCAAGUAAUAUUCACAAAUCCCCUCGAGAUCGUGAAGAUCCGUCUUCAAGUGGCCGGUGAGAUUGCGGGCGCACAAAAAGUCCGGGCCUGGGCCGUGGUCAAAGAGCUGGGGCUAUUUGGCCUAUAUAAAGGCGCUAGGGCUUGUCUGCUUAGAGAUAUGCCGUUCAGUGCGAUAUACUUCCCCGCUUAUGCUCAUGUUAAGGCGAAAUUCGCUGAUGAGAACGGCUACAACCACCCCCUCACCCUCCUCGCGGCCGGCGCCAUCGCCGGCGUACCCGCCGCCUCGCUCGUCACGCCCGCUGACGUCAUCAAGACGAGGCUGCAAGUAGUGGCCAGGACGGGACAGACCACCUACACUGGAGUGUUGGAUGCCACAAGGAAGAUAUAUGCUGAGGAAGGAUUCAGGGCUUUCUGGAAGGGAUCUGUUGCCCGUGUGUUCCGGUCAUCGCCACAGUUCGGUGUGACGCUCGUCACGUAUGAAAUCCUACAGCGUCUCUUCUACGUAGACUUUGGAGGAUCCCGACCAACGGGCUCCGAGCUAACCGUGUCCACGCCCAUCGAAGAAACCGUUAAGAAGCCACACCACAUCGGCGGGUACCAGGUCGCGAUACCAGUCCUUACCGGUCUAGAGACCAAGUUCGGUAUCUCGUUGCCGAGGUUCUCCUUCCAGAAAAAUGCUCCCGCGCAGUAAGCUAGCUAAUGU